CAAUGUGGCAACCCUGACUGGAAUGCCCUAGCUCAUGCACUAUCCCUUCGCCAUUUUGUUCAGUCAUCUGAGGGAUUCUGGUUCGCCGGUUUCAGGUUCUCUUUUCUCCCAUCCGACCCUUACGGUGAGAAAAUGUUCGUCAGGAUCCCCUCAUCCAUCGCUCGACAGCUUCCCAGACAGGUCACUGGCGCUGGAAAGAAAUCGCUGCCAGUGUCAAGGAAUGUGUUGGCUGCAGCAUCCUUGCAAAAAAAUGAUGUCAGGAACAUCUCCAUGACGUCUAAGAGGUCUGCUGCUGAGGUCUCAUCCAUCUUGGAAGAGAGGAUCCUGGGAGCAACAUCUAAAAUUGACUUAGAAGAAACUGGUCGAGUGUUGAGCAUUGGUGACGGGAUUGCUCGUGUUUAUGGCUUGAAAAAUAUCCAGGCUGAGGAGAUGGUGGAAUUCUCUUCUGGUCUCAAGGGCAUGGCCUUGAACUUGGAACCAGACAAUGUGGGUGUUGUCGUAUUUGGGAAUGACAAACUCAUCAAGGAAGGAGACAUAGUGAAGAGAACAGGUGCAAUUGUAGAUGUUCCUAUUGGGGAGGGUCUCCUUGGCCGUGUUGUAGAUGCAUUGGGCAAUCCCAUUGAUGGCAAGGGACCUAUUGCAUCCAAGCUAAGGCGACGAGUGGGGAUGAAGGCUCCAGGGAUCAUUCCCCGCAUCUCUGUGAGAGAACCUAUGCAAACAGGGAUCAAGGCUGUGGAUUCACUUGUUCCCAUUGGUCGAGGCCAACGAGAACUCAUCAUCGGUGAUCGACAGACUGGGAAGACAGCCAUUGCUAUUGACACCAUCAUCAACCAGAAGCGAUUCAAUGAUGCUAAUGAAGAGAAGAAGAAGCUCUAUUGUAUCUAUGUGGCCAUUGGGCAGAAGAGAUCCACUGUUGCUCAGAUAGUGAAGCGCCUUACUGAUGCUAAUGCUAUGCAGUAUGUGAUUGUGGUGUCAGCCACAGCUUCUGAUGCUGCUCCCCUGCAGUAUUUGGCUCCCUAUUCUGGAUGUGCCAUGGGAGAGUACUUCCGAGACAAUGGGAAACAUGCUCUCAUUAUCUAUGAUGACUUGUCAAAGCAGGCUGUUGCCUAUCGUCAGAUGUCCCUUUUGCUGCGACGUCCCCCAGGCCGAGAGGCUUAUCCCGGUGACGUGUUCUAUCUGCAUUCCCGUCUCUUGGAGAGAGCUGCCAAGAUGAAUGACCAGAAUGGAGGUGGAUCCCUUACUGCCCUUCCUGUCAUUGAAACUCAGGCAGGAGAUGUGUCUGCAUACAUCCCAACCAAUGUCAUCUCCAUUACCGAUGGUCAGAUCUUCUUGGAAACAGAAUUGUUCUACAAGGGGAUCCGUCCAGCCAUCAAUGUGGGUCUCUCUGUGUCCCGUGUUGGAAGUGCUGCCCAGACACGAGCCAUGAAACAGGUUGCUGGGAGCAUGAAGCUUGAAUUGGCCCAGUACCGAGAGGUGGCAGCAUUUGCCCAGUUUGGCUCUGAUCUGGAUGCAUCCACUCAGCAGCUUCUCAAUAGAGGAGUCCGCCUCACGGAGCUGCUCAAGCAAGGGCAAUAUGUUCCAAUGGCAAUUGAAGAACAGGUUGCUGUCAUCUACUGUGGAGUGCGAGGCUUCCUUGACAAGUUGGACCCAUCCAAGAUUACUACCUUUGAGCGGGAAUUUGUUCAGCACAUCAGGACAACACAACAGGACCUAUUGGCUGAUAUUGCCAGGGAGGGGAAGCUCACUGAUGAAACAGAAGGGCAACUCAAGAAAGUUGUCACUGAUUUCGUUAGCUCCUUCCAAGCAUAGAUUCCCCCAAUCAUAGAGAGAGAGCAGAGGAAGAUUGUAACAUGAAUCCCUAUUUACAUUGUUCAUUUGUUGCUUGCUGAGGUGUCCACUUGGCAAAUGUAAGCAUGGUUUGGUAAUACAGUGCAGUCUGUCUUGAGUAACAGUUUUAUUGCUUGCUAGUCAUGGUUUAGAUAUUUUUAAACUCAUUGUAUGACCCUUUGAAUGGGUCACCAAAAAAAGAUG